AUGUCCAACCAGAAAUAUUCCAACUACGAGGGCGUUGGUGCCCGAAACAGCGAACUAUAUUCCUAUUCCCAAGCCGUCAAAGUAGGCAAUGUGAUCAAGUGCUCCGGUCAGGGAGGCUGGGAGAACGAUGGUAGCCUCGACACAGAAGAUCUCGUGGGCCAGAUCGAGUUGGCAUUUAAGAAUGUCGAAAAAAACCUCAAGAACGCUGGUGCCCGUGGCUGGGAGGACGUGUAUGCAGUUAGGAGCUACCAUAUUUCCCUGUCCAGCUCCUUCGACCUCAUGGUAAAGCAGUUUCAGAAAUGGAUUCCCUCUCACAAGCCUAUUUGGACUUGUGUCGGGGUUACGGAGUUGGGUAUUCCUGGGAUGAUUGUUGAAAUCGAAGUUGAGGCUAUUGUUGGCAACUGA